GAAUUCGUGAAAUUCCCCGCAUCAGAACAAGAGGCACGAAAAUUGAUGGCUGACUACUACUAGUUAGCCAAUUUUCCCAAUGUUGUGGGGUGCGUGGACUGCACUCAUGUGCGAAUUGUAGCGCCUACUGAAAACGAAAUGGAAUUUGUUAACAGAAGGGGCUAUCACUCCAUCAACUGCCAGCUGAUCUGCGAUGCCAACUUGGUAAUAACUCACUGUGUUAUAAACUGGCCAGGAUCAGUUCAUGACUCGAGAAUACUCAGGGAAAGCAGCAUUUGGCAGCUGUUUGAGAGAGCAGCUCGGCCAGUACCAGGAAUGCUGCUUGGGGACAGUGGAUAUCCACUUCGAGAAUGGUUAAUGACACCAUUUCUCGAUUCUAACACACGGGCGAAAGAAAGAUACAAUACUGCACACAGAACAACACGAAGCACAAUUGAGAGAGCAAAUGGUGUCCUGAAGAAGAGAUGGCACUGUCAGAACUUAGGUAUGAUCCUGCACUUGCAUGCAAAAUCACCAUCUCCUGUAUUGUUCUGCAUAAUGUUGCAACAACUCUUGGACUGCCACAUCCAGAUUCUGAUACAGACAAUGAUGAAUCAGAUUCUUCAGAUUCUGAGUUGGAUGAUGGAAAUAAUGAGCAAGAUGGUGUGCAGUCGGGUCGUUUAGCACGGGACAGAAUAGUUUCAAGAUAUUUCCAGCAUUGACGGAGUCUGUUCAUUUGUUUAUCUGAAGAUGAGGAUCCAGAGUUUCCAGUGGGUGCUACGGUGCAAGAGCCUCCAGUGGAUGCUGUCAUGGUGGACUGUAAAGUGGGAGCAGUCAUGUUCUGGAGCCUUACGGUCUGUGCAUUGGUUGAGCUGCAACUCAACUCACUUGAACCUGUAAAAACAACAAAAUGAACUUCACUGCUGUGAUGUUCCAUGAGAUUUUCUGAUAGAGGCUGCAUAAAUAGAAAAAAAACUUGCUAAAUGCAUUCAUGUCAUCCCACUGUAACCUUGUACACAGGCACAAAGAAGCCUCCACUAUAACAAAGCCUGCCUUCCUGUGACUGAAAUAUUUGAAAUGCUAGUGGCUGUGUGUUGCACAUGCAAGGGGCAAUAAAAUCGUUACUUAUUCACAUACCAUACUGCUUGACCUUUUUGGCAGUAUGACUUGUCGUUGUUCUCGAUUGACCUACAAGGUCUUUUUGGUGUAGAAGCUGUAACAAAGUGUUUUUUCCCUUAAAUUUAAUGCACCUUUUGUAACAUGGCAUUGUUCUUUUCAGAAAAAGGAGACACAAAUUAAUGAACACAAAAACUCCUUCAUGUAAUUUUAAUGUUUGCAAAUUUCGUCAUUUACUCCAUACAUAAAACUAACUUUCCAGCCUCAGAAAGAUAAAAAUAUAAACAGUAAGGAUGGGAAACAUAGUUUCUGUAAAUUCAUACUAUAAAGUGACCAUUUGAGGGAAUUAAAAAUGUUAAGUGGAACAUUUGGCUUAACAGUGGAGAAGUAGAAUCUAUGACCUGCAGAAGACAGAUUUCAUUUUGAUGACAUCAUCAUUUUGUUCAUGUCCUUAUUUAUUUAAAAAAUUCAUUUGCAAUUAUUUACUGACUUUUUGGAAGUGAUGAUCCAGCCUCAUUUUCCUCAGGCAUGUCAAAAUAAAUGGCAUCAGCCAAAACUGGAAACCGCCCCAUGACACGGCCAUGUGUAUGGCCAUCAUGUAUGUGUGUGUGCUUGUGUUAUUGGAUUAUAGUUGGCUGGACAUAUGGAGAGCGACAACCCUGAGGGACGAUGAACUGUGAGUAACGUACUCAGCGAUUGCUUGUGCAGUCAUAAGUUAGAAAAUAGAACUGGAACCUCGUUGCUAGGAGAGAGUGCAAGGAUCUUUAUACUUUGUGAGAUAUUGGGCUGUUGAGACUGAUCGGCGAACUGCCCCUGAUGUAAGCAUUGCAUCUAUAGUUAGAAGUUCGUCGCCAUUAGAACGAGGCGUUGAGGCGAGUUGUUAUUAAUGCGUACUUGUCAUGCAGUGUGUAAAGUCCUGAGGCACUCGACAACGCAAUAGCCAAGAUUUGGGCAGCCUCAGGCAAUCGUUUUGUUGUGUGUUGAAAGAACACCCAUUUGUCUGGCUGAGUGAGUUGUUAAGCCACCCCUGCCGUGACCAUUUGUGUAGUAAGAGUAAGAGUCCAAAAAACCAAAUCUUUCAACAUCAUCAGCAAUACGUGACAAAGCAUAUUGUACAUUAUACACAAAAAAAUUCCCUUACAAUACAAACGCUCAGCUUCAUGAACAAAUAAACACAAAAGGUUAUGAGCAUAGUGCCAAUUAAGUAUUAAUAAGUUCUAUCUAAUGAUGUUCCAUAGGAAAUCCCACGGGCUGAGAAGACCUAGACACGUGACAAUGAAGACAGCAUCUUUGACGAGGUCUAGGCUGGAGGCAGUUUGACUCACUGAAAUUUCCAAAUGAUGCAAUUGUAAGAUGCCAGAAUUCUAAAAAUCCAAGUAACAAGUCGCACACUUCUGGAGCCAUGUAUCGCCUCGCCAUUUUUCCAGUGGAAAAGAACAGCACUCGGGGAAGUUGACGAUAUUUCUGUUCAAACUGUGUUCAGAACUGCCUAAGCUAUCGUAAUUAAUCAAUUAUUUUGCUAAAAAGAAGCACUGUAGACGUAUUAAAAAAACAAUGCAUGGGAUAAAUCUAUCCCAUACGUGCCAGGUGUUUUUGCGAGAGGUAGGACAAAUUUGACCUACUCGUUCAAGAAGGGUUUGACCAGGAAGGAACCGAGGGUAGGCCAUAUUUCUUUGUAUCAGCUUUUCUAUUAUGUAUGGGUCAUUUUUGCAUGUUUGUUAAUGUAAUCAAUCUAAUUACGAUUGUAUGCUUAUGCAUCUGUAUGUCUACAUAGGCUAUUUCUAAGGAUCAUUCUUCAAUGGACGUCCCACAACGUCUGAGAAGACCCAGAUAUGUGAUAAUGAAGAAAAGGAAGAAAUAAAAGGCUAUUUCUCAGAAUCUCUCUUUAAUUGAUGUCUCACGAGGGCUUAGCAGACCCAGACAUAUGACAAUAGAGAAGCUAUGGUCUUCCUGGACAUGACAACCACAGGACAGCAGCUCUAUACAGUGGAUUGCAUGACCACGGAGGAACAAGAGAAGCCACGGUCUUCCUGGACAUGACAACCACAGAACAGCAGCUCUAUACAGUGGAUUGCAUGACCAGGGAGGAACGAGAGAAACGAGUGGGACCGGAGACGCUGCACAGUCUCCAAGAAGCUCUGCUAUUGUAUGCAGAAAGCGACUCUACUGCAUUGAGCGGGGAGUGAGGCGCCGGGCUCGAGACGGCAAGGUGUGAGAUCCGGAGUCGGCGCGACGACGACGACGACGACGACACCAGCAACUGGAAGGAUGGUGGCCGAGUAGAGGAACCCUAAACAGCCAAAACAGCCAGAGAAGUCGUUACGACGACUGGAGCGCCGGGAGUGAAGGCCUAUCUUCCGAAACUCUACUGCUGUGUGUGGGGAGCGAGGAGGGCAAGAGCCGGCGUGAGAAACUUCAGGAGAGACCUGACUAGAGCAGAGCAGGUGCCAAGGACUGGGCACCAUCGUCACCCACGUCGAGGAACAGUAAGACUUUCCUACUCCUUAGAAGAAUUAUCAGGGUAAGAGCAUAGUAUUAAGUAGCGGUGCAUGUGCACCCUUAGUAUUGUCCCUAUGCGCAUCGAAAUCUGAACUUAUAUAGGUCCUAUAUAGGUUACCUAUCUUGACAGGGGAGAGUACUCUUACCAACCAAGGGCUAUAACCCCUAAUAAUGGCACGUGACUUUUAGCCAAUGGUGUAUUACGUGAUCGGAACUGCGCGCCAUUUGCAAAGCUGUGUUUCUACACUUUGAAUUAAGGUGACCAGACGUCCCGCUUUUGACCUCGUGUCCCGCCUGCUCAUCGGGUGGGACGCCCAAUGUCCCGCUUUCUGGCUUUCUGGCAAGUCCAUCAAAUGUCCCGGUUGUCUUUAAAAAUAACUUUUUUCGGCGUUCUUUGACGGUGACGACACCAUCAUCGGCACGUGUCCCGCUUUCGCCCCCGAAACGUCUGGUCACCUUACUUUGAAUUAUAAUUAAGCUUCUUCACCCGUCAAUUCCAAUACUGAUACAUGGGUUGGACUCUUCAAUAACAUCCUGGGCUGUGUGUGAGCUGGGAUCACCGCGCUUUGAGCGCAUCUUUGUGAUGCGGAUACUAGUGCGCUAUAAAACUACAUCAUCAUCAUCAUCAUGAGCUAUGCUGAUUAGGCUCAUAACCUUUCAUGUUUAUGUGUUCAAGAACAUUUGAAUGAUAGCUGGCUGCUGCCUUUUAAAGAUGAAAGUGGUCAUAGGACGUGCAACUGGCCCCCACGACCUGUUGAACCAGAUGCAAGCUUCAUUAAUUAGAGUUAUAAAGCCAGAUUCCUCAUGUUCUAUGCUUCCAGUUCUCCUGCACAAGUCAUUAAAAGCUACAGUCUUCCUGGACAUGACAACCACAGGACAGCAGCUCUAUACAGUUUAUUGCAUGACCAGGGAGGAACGAGAGGCCUGUAUACCUCUUCACAGGCUACUUCUCAGACUCUUCAAUUGAUGUACCACAAGCGAUGAGAGACCCAGACAUAUGACAAUAGAGAAGCUACGGUCUUGCUGGACAUGGCAACGACAGGACAGCAGCUCUAUACAGUGGAUUGCAUAACCAGGGAUGAACGAAGAGUAGCAUGUGUUUCUUUGCAUUAGCUGUUUUAUUUUGUGUGCUUUCUUGUGUUUUCUCUAAUUUUGAUUGUGUUCUCAGGCCUGUAUACCUCUUCACAGGCUACUUCUCAGACUCUUCAAUUGAUGUACCACAAGCGAUGAGAGACCCAGACAUAUGACAAUAGAGAAGCUACGGUCUUGCUGGACAUGGCAACGACAGGACAGCAGCU